CGGCCCCACUUGCGUUGCGCGUCCACGUUUGCGAUUUGCGGUCUUCGCUGCUGGAGCGUCCCAACUGCCGCGUGCACGUUCCUUGGACAACCGAAAGAAGGAAACUGGCCUCCCCGCAGUGCUCAUGCUGGGGGAGGUGGUGGGCUCCCUGUCCUUUUUUUUUUUUUUUUUGAGGGCGGUCCAAAGUUUUCAAGUAAAGUUAGUGUCCCCCGGUCGGCUGUUCUAGGUAGACGGCUAGGUGGCUAUCCGCGGCUAACUAGCCCGAGCAGCUGUGAACUCACCUUCGCCGCCUCCCCCCCCCCCCCUUACAUGGGCAGCUACUACGCCGCUGACGAACUGGAGCUCCCCCGGUGACUCACCGCGGGGAGGUUAGCCGUUAAAAGCGGGCACGUAUCCACCCGUCCGGUCUGUGUUCGGUCUCACUAGCUCGCUACAUGCUGGGUCCGAUGUCACGGUGUGGUGUGCCGACACCCCCAGUGGUUCCUCCGCCGUCGCCCCGCGUUCGCGUCUCCGCUCCGAGCACCCGGCUGGCGGAUGGUCGAGAAGCAGCACCCCGCGGGGAUGUGCCCAAGCAGGAAAUUGGACUAAAUCCGAACUAGGACCUUUAUUUAUUUUUUUUUAACCGUGUUUGAGAGGGACAACGAGUGUGUGUGGCUAUGGCGGAGUUCGAAGAGGACGGGGCCAGCCUGCUGGAUAACGCGGCGGCCGAGGUGGGCGUGCAGGCGGCGGUGAAGACGCCGGGCGAGGGCUCGGUGUCGAACGGCGACUGUGGAAUGUGCGAAGACAACAUGGUCGGCCAAGGUGGCGGCGGCAGGGGUGUGGAAGCCUUCGUCGAGCCCGACAUCAAGGCGGACAUGCCCCGUAGGAGCAGCAUCAUUAAGGAUUCCUCAAGACAACGUAAGGAGAGGAAGAAGACUGUGUCAUUCAGUAGCAUGCCCACCGAGAAGAAGAUGAGCAGCGCCAGUGACUGCAUCACCGCCAUGGUGGACGGCUCAGAGUUGAAAAAGGUGCGUUCCAACUCACGGAUCUACCAUCGUUAUUUCCUGUUGGAUGCUGAUAUGCAGUCCCUGCGGUGGGAGCCUUCCAAGAAGGAGUCUGACAAGGCCAAGAUCGACGUCAAGUCUAUCAAGGAAGUUCGCACGGGGAAGAAUACGGAUACUUUUAGAACCAACGGAACCUAUGAUCAGAUCUCAGAGGACUGUGCAUUCUCCAUCAUCUUUGGGGACAACUAUGAGUCCUUGGACUUGGUGGCCAACACUGCAGAUGUAGCCAACACCUGGAUUACGGGCCUAAGGUACCUGAUAUCCUACGGGAAACAUACGCUGAACAUGAUAGAGAGCACUCAAAAUAACAUGCGAUCUUCUUGGCUCGGUGAACUUUUUAGUGAAGUGGACGGUAACAACAGUCAACAGAUCGCAAUAUGUGCUGCUGUGCAGCUGGUCAAAAAGUUGAAUCCGGGACUUAAAAAUGUGAAAAUCGAGCUAAAGUUCAAGGAGCUUCACAAAGUAAAAGACAAGGUCGGCUCUCAGGUAACGAGAGAUGAGUUCAUCGAGGUCUUUCAUGACCUCUGCACAAGGCCGGAAAUUUAUUUUCUCUUCGUACAGUUCUCCAGCAACAAGGAGUUUCUGGAUACAAAGGACUUAAUGAUAUUCCUGGAGGCCGAGCAGGGAAUGGCACAACUCAGUGAGAACACCAGUGUCGAGGUCAUCCAGAAAUACGAACCGUCCAAGGAGGGUCGGCUCAGAGGCUGGCUCUCUCUGGAUGGGUUCACCAACUAUCUUCUGUCUCCAGAGUGCCACAUAUUUGACCCGGAGCACAAAACCGUGUGCCAAGACAUGAACCAGCCGUUGUCACACUAUUACAUCAAUGCGUCUCACAACACGUACCUUAUAGAGGAUCAAUUCAGGGGUCCUUCUGACGUCACUGGGUACAUCCGUGCCCUUAAGAUGGGCUGUCGCAGUGUUGAAUUGGAUGUUUGGGACGGACCUGAUAAUGAACCUGUGAUUUACACGGGUCACACCAUGACCUCGCAAAUUGUCUUCCGCAGCGUCAUUGACGUGGUCAACAAGUAUGCCUUUGUCGCGUCCGAGUUCCCACUCAUCUUGUGUUUGGAGAACCACUGCUCGUUAAAGCAGCAGACAGUCAUGUUUCAGCACCUCAAGAAGAUCCUGGGAGAUAAACUCUGCCUUGAUCCCCCUGAACCUGAUGCCUGCUACCUCCCUUCCCCCUCAGAUCUGAAGGGAAAGAUUCUGCUGAAGGGUAAGAAACUUGGCACCAACUGCACUGCCUCUGAAGGGGAGGUGACAGAUGAGGAUGAGGGGGCGGAGAUGUCACAGAGAAUGAGCGUCGACUCGCCUGAACAACAGACGGUUGCACCCAAGAAGUUCCAGCUGUCAAAGGACCUUUCUGAUCUGAUCACAUUGUGCAAGUCCGUGGAGUUUAAGGACUUCCCAACAUCGUUCCAGGGCCAAAAGCAUUGGGAACUCUGCUCGUUCAACGAGGUGUUUGCCGGCCGUUGUGCAAGUGACUUUCCUGGAGAAUUUGUGAACUACAACAAGAAGUUCCUGGCACGGGUUUACCCCAGUCCCAUGCGCAUCGACUCCAGCAAUAUGAACCCGCAGGACUUCUGGAAGUGCGGUUGUCAGAUUGUGGCGAUGAAUUACCAAACUCCCGGUCUUAUGAUGGAUUUGAACAUUGGCUGGUUCCGGCAGAAUGGGAACUGUGGAUACGUUCUGCGGCCAGCAAUUAUGCGCGAGCAGGUGUCGUAUUUCAGUGCCAACACAAAAGAUUCAGUGCCUGGUGUGUCUCCACAACUGUUGCACAUUAAGAUCAUCAGUGGACAGAACUUCCCCAAGCCCAAAGGCUCAGGUGCCAAAGGGGACGUGGUCGAUCCUUACGUGUACGUGGAAAUUCACGGCAUUCCUGCUGACUGUGCCGAGCAAAGGACUAAGACUGUCAAUCAGAACGGGGACAAUCCGCUGUUUGACGAGAGCUUUGAGUUCCAAAUUAACCUGCCCGAGCUCACCAUAGUUCGCUUUGUGGUGCUGGAUGACGACUACAUCGGGGACGAGUUCAUCGGCCAGUACACCAUCCCCUUUGAGUGCCUGCAGCCAGGCUUCCGCCACAUCUCGCUGCAGUCACUCACUGGCGAGGUCCUGCCGCACACCCUGCUCUUCGUCCAUGUGGCCAUCACUAACCGGAGGGGCGGCGGCAAGCCCCACAAGAGGGGCCUGUCGGUGCGCAAGGGCAAAAGGAGCAGGGAGUAUGCCAGCAUGAGGGUGCUGCUCAUCAAGGCCCUGGACGACGUCUUCAAGACAGCCAUGCUGCCACUGAGGGAGGCCACGGACCUCAGAGAAAACAUGCAGAAUGCCAUCGUCUCCUUCAAAGAGCUGUGUGGCCUUUCGGCUGUGGCCAACCUCAAGCAGUGUAUCCUGGCCCUCUCCCCUCGACUUACUGCACCGGACAGCGGCCCACUCCUGCUCUUCAACCUUGCUGACCACUAUCCCAUCAUGGAGCCCCAAGGUUUGCUUCCUGAGGUCCUCAAAAAAGUGGUCACCACCUAUGACUUGGUGAUCCAGACCAGCAAGACACUCUUGGAGAACUCUGACGGGGUCUACGAGCGGAUCCUGCAAACCCAAAAAGCCGCAAUGCAGUUCCACGAGAACCUUCACGACCUGGCAGUGAAGGAAGGUCUUAAGGGCCGCAAGCUUCACAAGGUGGUGGAGAGCUUUACAUGGAACAUUACCAUUCUCAAGGGCCAGGCCGACCUCCUGAAGCACGCCCGCAGUGAAGUGCAGGAGAACCUGAAGCAGAUCCAUUACGCCGCACUGACGUGCGACCUCAGCAAAGGCAGACCGGCAGGCGGCUCGUCCGACUCCAAAAGUAGCCGACGGAGCUUGGAGGCCAUUCCCGAGAAGGCCACGGCCGAGGCGGAGCUAACAGACGACGACAAUGACAACUGAUGACCUCCUCACAUUCCCCCGAAGACUUUGGCCUACCAGAUGUCGCUUAGUGGUCUUCAGGUAUUUCUACUGACUGAAAAAAAAAACAAACAAAAAAAAAAAACACUUAAAUCCUGUAUGAAAGCUGGUAGUCCUCACCCUGGAUGAGUGUGAGAACAGGUUUGUACAGUGGUACCUUGACGUUUCACCUCAAACCUACUUAAAAUAAAUAAAUUAAAAAAUUCUGGAGCUAGCAUAAGAAGAUACUCAAAUACAAAAAAAAAGUCACAUACAAUCCAAAUAAGUUGUUCUUUCACCGGAAAAAAAAUUUAAUAAAUACAUUACGGGAAUGGAACAAAACGGUUCGCAUCACAAUCUGGUAAAACAGUGCUAAACAUGAAGCAACUCUUUCUAACCCUCCUUUUGUAGGAUGGAUAUCUUGAAAAGGGAAAGUAAAAACUGGAUGUUAAAAAUGAAUUCUUUCAUCUUUAAUGGAUGAAGUUUCAUGGGAUUUAGGGAAGACUCAUCGAAAUUUAGGAACUUUUACUUGAUUUACCAAAGAGUUUAGCUGAAUAUGUAUUUUGUGUUAUUUCGCUUGAAUUCUCGCAUGAUUUUUGGUAAUCCUCUGAUUUAGGUAAGCCCUUGAAGAAAUUUCGCAGAAUCCUCACAGGAUUUUCGCUACAGGACUUAUGGGAUUUAGGUACAAGUCUUUGCCUUGCAGGAUUUAGCGUUAGUCUCGCAGAAUUUUAACAAAGUCUUGUGGGAUUUUAUGGAAGUAUUUUGUGUUCAUGGUGGAUUGACGAAAUUUUAGCUGGUCUCAUAGGAUUUGCCACUAGAUUUUCGGGGAAGCCUUGUAUGAUUAUUUUGCAGGAUCCUCACAAGUCUAAAGAUGUGAAAUUUUGUAGUAUCAAGUCUCGUAAUUUUGUGAAAAUGUUGCAAAAUCUUAACUGAACCCUCCUGCGAUUUAGCAAGUCUGAGAGGUUUUUAGCUGAAAUAUCACCUAAAUUUGCAAAAGUCCCACAUGAUUAACCUCGUGAUACUUGGGUGGAAAUUUUUCCUGACUUUUUGCGCAAAUUUUGUGGGAUUUAGCGUGAAUUUUGCAGAAUUUUGAACAGACAUCUGAAGGGAUUUUGCAAAAGUCUUGCAAAAUUUGUGUAAAAGUUAGAUGUUAUUUAGCAGAAGUCUCACGUGAUUUGCAUCACAAUAAUUUAACAGAAAUAUUGCAGCGUUUCUGCUGGAGUCUCUUCAUUUAGUGGAAUUCUGGUGUCAUUGCGUCUAAAGUCUUUGUGGAAACCUUAAAAGAUUUAGCACAAGUCUCAGGUGAUUUGGCUCUCACGGGAUUUCAUGUUCGAUGACUGUUCAAACUCCAAAAUUUUUGUUAGCACAAAAAAAUUAACUGAAAAUUGUGUAGCACCUCAUACAUUGAAUUACGAGACAUUUGAAACUUCAAGGUAGCGCUGUACCCAAUGAACGUAGACCAUUCUACUUCCCUAAACUCCCCCCGUUUCUCCCACUCCGAAGACUCGCUAAGAAUUUGUGGAUUUUUUUUUUUGUAUCGGUGCCUGGUGGAAAUUCUAUCUGUGGACUGGGGAGACACACACAAGCCUUUUGUGUAUUCCAAGAUGUUCCUUAAAGCACAAUAGUGAAUGUAAGAGAGGCGUUUACAUUCCUGAGCUUGUUUCGUGCCAAACAAACCUGAUGUGUAUAUAUGGAGAUACCUGUUACAUUUUUUCCCCCUUUCCUUUUUAUUACUGAACACUUUGGUUGGGAAAAAAAAAAUUUGUAAAAAAAAAAAAAAGAAAAAGAUAAAAAUAUAUAUGUAUAGUGUGUUUGUGGCAGGAAAGACUUUUGACCAAACAGCAAGUGCAUGAGAAGAACCACCAUGGGACACGUUUUCCUAUCUGCAUUAGGUUAAUAUGUGGACCCUGUUACUUUAGUUGUGCCGAGUACUGUUCUUGGAAGUGUUUUCUAAGUUAAUUGAGAAAUGCAAUCAAAAUCUCAUUUUAUGCAGACUUUAAUGAUAAUUUCGUCAUCUAAGCUUCUACAAGCUUGGAUAUGUUUCCACUGAAUCUAUGCUAAAGUCAAACUGCCUAAUUACCCAAUACAUCUGGUGUCCAGUUGAGGGUGUGACUGGCUGCAGGAAACGGACACAAAAGUUCAUUUGUGCUUAUCUAACAACGAUGAAACAACAAAAAAGUUCUUUAAGUGCCGCGAUGUGUUUCUAAUCACCGACGGUACGGAAAUAAAUCAGCAUUUCAACUGUU